ACUUUCAGUCAAGGCACUUGCUGUCGCGAAUCUGCUGGAUCAUGUACUUAUAUCAUCGUGGUACUCCCUGUCAGACGGUGCCACUUUUUCCGGAAACAGGCUUGCAGGUAAGGUUGAACGCUUGGCAGCCCGAUUCAGACCAGGACGAGGAGUAUUUGAUUAGGCGGAGAUAGGCGCUUGUCACCAUGACAUGUCCUGCCAUCUCUACUUGACUUCGGCACUACCACAUUCGGUUCACAAUGGUUCCAAAGGUUGUGAUCAACUGUGACAUGGGGGAGGGGUAUGGAAACUGGAAGAUGGGUCCAGACGAGGAAUUGAUGGCUCUGACCGAUCAGGCCAACAUUGCCUGCGGGUUCCACGCCGGCGAUCCGACGACCAUGAUGAAGACCGUGCGGCUGGCGAAGAAACAUGGGGUGGUGGUGGGCGCCCACCCCGGCUUGCCGGACAAAGAAGGCUUUGGCCGUCGGCUGAUGGACAUUCCGCCCGAGGAUUUGUACUGCCAGAUGCUGUACCAGGUCGGCUCGCUCAAGGCGAUGCUGGACGUGGAGGGCGUUCCCUUGAACCACAUCAAGCCUCACGGCAAGCUGUAUCGGAUGAUCAAGGACGACCCCGAGGUCGGCCAUGCAUGUUUUCGCGCCAUCAAGACCUUCAACGUCCCGUUUGUCGGCCUUCCGGGCACCGCGCACGAAGAAUUGUGCAAAGAAUAUGGCGUUGAUUUCCACCCCGAAUUCUUCCCAGAUCUUUGGUAUGAUGACAUGGGACAGACCGUGCCCAUCCUGACCGCUGGGAGAGUUCCCCAGGACCAAAUUCGACCCAAGAUGGACAAAAUCAUAGCCACCCAGCAAGUCACUUCCAUCAAGGGGAACGAAGCCACCGUCCCCUUUGCAGGACGAAGCUUCACAUGCUGUGUUCACAGCGACCUACCAGGUGCCCUUGAAUGUAUCAAACACGUUCGUAAUGCGAUUGAUGAAGCAGCAGCUUCGAAGAGUGCCAGCUGAGGAACGUGUCUUUUUUGUCGUGGGAAAGGACAUGUCCUUUUUCACAGAGCAUUGAAACCAGACACAGAGGUCCCGGGGGGCUUCCUGUAGCGGGCAACGAAAUGCUAUUAUGAUCCAACAUCAUGAGGCUGUAAUGAUGCCGUGAUGACAUUGUGAUUAUCUCGGAUAUCCUCUCCCUGUCUGGCUGCAUGUUGCUCAUCCGUCGUGUCUAUCAAGGUACGGUGUAUCCUGGGUAUAUUCAUGGCUGGCCCGAUUCGAGAGGCUUGGGGGCUAUUUGACUUUAUAUGCUUCCUAGCCUCUACGGGAGGCUAUUAGGUUUUUGAGACUAUCGACGAUUGAAUAUAUGUCCUCGUUCACCCCAGAAGAAAGUGAGAGGGAAGGGGAGG